AUGACAGAUGGAAACCUGGACCUGCACAGGGCGCUGGCGGGGCCCACCCUGUACACCGACAUCGACGUGGGCCUCGGCACCAAUGCGCUGUACAGCGGCGGGCCCGCCAGGUCUGGCCCCAACGCCCUGGCCGGCACCACCUGGUGGAACAUCAGGAGCCGGCGGGGGGUGCCGACGCCCGACUCGGACAAGAAGCCUGGCGACUGCUCCUUUGGCCCCGUCAUCAACCUGGUCAACGUCAACCUGGAUCGCUCCCAGGCCAGAAACAUGUGUCGCACGUGGCUCUACGAGCGGCGCGUCACGGCGCCGCCCAACAUUUACGAGGCGCAAUUUGCGCGGCGCAUGCGGCUGGCGGCGGCCGCGGCCUCGAACACCUCUGUGGCAGCGGCCGCGGCGCCGGCGCCGGCCUCAAACGCCACCGCGGCGGCGGCCGAGUAG